AUGGCUAAGGUCCAAGUGUUAAAUGUUGCUGUGCUGGACAACCCGAGCCCAUUUGGAAACCCGUUUCAAUUUGAAAUAACGUUUGAAUGUAUGGAGGAUUUGCCGGAAGAUUUGGAAUGGAAGAUCAUCUAUGUGGGUUCGGCUGAAAGUGAGGAAUACGACCAGGUUCUGGACUCCGUUUUAGUUGGCCCUGUACCAGCAGGCAGACACAUGUUUGUGUUUCAGGCUGAUGCUCCCAACACAGGGCUGAUUCCAGAGAGCGAUGCUGUAGGGGUCACUGUGGUACUGAUAACCUGCACCUAUCGCGGACAAGAAUUCAUCCGCAUUGGUUACUACGUCAACAACGAAUACACAGACCCAGAACUACGAGAAAAUCCGCCGUUGAAACCGGACUACUCUCAGCUCCAAAGGAAUAUUUUGGCCUCCAAUCCCCGCGUCACCCGUUUCCAUAUCAACUGGGAGGGCUCAGCAGACAAGAUGGAAGACAGUGAGAAUGUUGACCCCUCACCCAACAUCAGUGGGAUGCUCCCUCCCUCCUGUAUACCUGGAAAGAUGCCCCCGCUUGGACUGAUGCCAGAGAACUCCAUGGACUGC